ACCACUCCUUUUCCGGUGUUAAAGGUCAUCUUCCGGUGAAAAAGAUGGCGGCCCCCGAUGAGCUGUUUUGCUGGGAAGGAGAUUGGGGUUUACCGUCCGUCAGUACCGACUGUCUGGUGGUUCUGGCAUAUGCUCAGUUUGCUGGAGCUCCACUGAAGCUUCGAAAGAUCUGCAGCCCCUGGAGGAGUCCGAGCGGUUCUCUUCCUGCUCUGAGGACCAAUCAGACAAAAACUCUGUCCCGACCUUCUGACAUCAUCAUCCACCUCAGAAAACAGAAAUAUAAUGCUGACUAUGAUCUGUCAGCCAAAGAGGGAGCUGACAGCCUGGCCUUCAUCUCUCUUUUGGAGGAGAAGCUCAUACCGGCUCUGAUCUACACCUUUUGGAUUGAGCCGAAGAACUACGUAGACGUGACUCGCCGCUGGUACGCCGAGCACAUGAUGUUCCCUCUGAACUUCUUCCUGCCCGGCCGAAUGCAGAGCCGCCAGCUGGAAAAACUGCGCCUUCUAAGAGGAGAUAAGAACCUGGAGGCAGGAGAAGAGCUGGAGAAGGAGCUGUACCAAGACGCUGCAGAGUGCAUGAACCUCCUGUCUCAACGACUCGGCUCCCAGAAGUUCUUCUUUGGAGACUCGCCUUCUUCUCUGGACGCCUACGUGUUCGGACACUUGGCUCCCCUCCUGAAAUGCAAACUUCCCAACGGGAAGCUUCAGCAGCACCUGAAGUCCCUGGACAACCUGACCGACUUCUGCUCCAACAUCCUGCUGCUCUACUUCCCCAGAGACGGUCGAGCAGAAAACUCCGGUGAGAAAGCGUCGCCGCAGCCGGACGCCGCAGACUACGACAACGUCCCCAACAAGCGCAGGAAGCAGUUUCUGUCAGCUGUGUUUGCGUUUGCCGCCAUGCUGAGCUACGCCCUCCUGACUGGCAUGGUGUCCAUCCAACACGCCCACCAGGAGGCCCUGGAAGAGCCGCCGGACCCAGAACACAUUGGGCCCCAUGACCACGAAGAAGAAGGCGACGGCUGAGGACAAAAAAUGAAGAACGUUACAGGACUGAAAAAUAUUCCAGAAAAAUUCAUCAGAGCGAUUUUAGAUAUAUCUCACCAUGGGGAGGGGUGGAAAUACAAUGAAUUUAUCAGAACACUGAUGAGCCUCUGAGUGGACAGGAACUGGGUUUAGCUUCUAUACAGAAAAUAAAAAUAUUCAACCUCGCUGCA